AUGGAGAAGGGCGAGCAGCUGCUGAAAGCCGAGUUCAGGGUCUUCAAACUGAAGAGGACACAUUGGUCUAGAGGGUCCGACGUGAAACACUUCUGCAGAGUGGAAGUGUAUGAGCUCUUGGAGAGUGGAAGUAAGCCACAAAAAAACCAUCUCAUUGCAUCAAGGUUAUUGUCUAUGUACACAGAAGGCUGGGAAGUCUUCAACGUCACUCAGACAGUUUCCAAGUGGGUUAGAAACAGCAGCUCUAACCAUGGUUUUUUGAUAACUACAACACAUGUGUUCAACAACAGAACUGAACACAACCUGGUUAAGUUUGCCAAGAGCCAGGGCACUUCGCAGGAGAGUAGAAAUGCUCUCCUUGUCCUCUUCACUAACAGUAACAAACGGGGAUCUUCCAGCUUUGUACCCUCAUCCACAAAAUCAGAAGCAAACACUGCCAAAAAUGAUGCUUCACACAUGCCUCAUGAAACUGAUGUCAUGGAAAGCAGCAGUGCAAGCAGGAACAGGAGACCUCGAGCUGCCAAAAGCCAGGGAACAGCGUGUCAUCGAAAGGAACUCUAUGUUGACUUCCGUGCCAUUGGCUGGUCAGGAUGGAUUAUUUACCCAAGUGGAUACAAUGCAUUUUAUUGCAGGGGAUCCUGUCUCUUCCCUUUGGGGGAAAGUCUAAAUGCGACAAACCAUGCUACAGUUCAGUCCAUUGUCCAUACACUGAAACUCUCUCAAGAUGUCAGCACACCCUGCUGUGUGCCAAAUGAAUUGAAGUCCCUCAAUCUUCUCUACUUUGAUGACAAAGAGAAUGUGGUCCUUAAAAAUUAUAAAGACAUGGUGGCAACAACCUGUGGUUGUCAUUAG